AUGCAGUGGUCUACGUCGGAAUGUUUUGAACUCUUCGAAGCAUCAGUAUGGACUCCAUCAUCAAUACUAAGAUUCUCAGCCAUUACAAUUGGCAUGGUGUGCUCAACUGUAGCCAUGAUUUUUCUAUUAGCGACGACUUGUUUCUUCGUCGAAUGGAGGCGAAGACCCAAAAAUCAGAUCCUCACACAGUUUAUGAUUGCAAGAUUUUUUUACACAUUCUCGAGUGUCGAUGAAUAUGAUUUCUCGAAUUUCUUCUUUUUGGCAACUGUAGUCGCAGUUUAUCAUUGUCCUUUUUCAAUAUUUUUCUGGUUAUUCGGAAAUAAGAAAACUGUAGAUCUUUGGUUCGGUGGUUUCAAGCGAAAGGGCUCUCUAUCACAGAGUGUUUAA